ACAUAAUCAAAGUCUUAAGUAAAAGUCUAUGUCAACUGUGGGAACCACCAUCAUCAUGAGUAAUAUUGAAUACGUUGAGUCGGAGAAGUUUUGGCGAGCCCCCGAGCUUAAUAUUAAGAAAGCUAGUUUGGGUGAAGCUAUUUUAGAUAAUCUCAAAAAAAAUGAUCCUGACAAAGUUUAUGAAAUACUUCACGAUAGUGGUUUACAUGUUACAGUCAGGGAGAUUCAUGAUCAAACUAUAACUGCUGCACAAAAUUUAUUGAAUCUUGGUGUGAAGAAAGAUGAUAUUGUGGUAUUUUUUACCUUUUUGAAUUUAAAAAUCACACCUCUAACAUUUGCUUGUUACACAAUUGGAGCUCCAGUAUGUUUCUUUGAAACAUAUCUCGAAGACGAAAUUACACCUCAGUACUUGGAAAUGCUUGAUCCAGCUGUGAUAAUUUAUGAAGAAAAAUUCAAGUCUAUGGUCUUUAAAGCACUUAAAGGACUCACUUUAUCAAAUUUGAAACAUGUCCUCAGCAUUGACAGAGGAGAAGAAAAAUCUAUCGAUAACUUAGUCCUUCGACCAGCUGUCGACAUUGACAACUUCCAAGUUCCUAAUAUUGGAGACCCUGAUACUCAACCAGCAAUUUUGGGUUUCACAUCAGGAUCAACAGGAUUGCCAAAAAUUAUAAUCCAUUCGCAUACAAUGAUGAGAGAAGGUGUAUUCAGUCGAUGGUUUGCAAAGCCAGGAAGUGUGGUAAUGAUUCUAAGUGAGAUCCGUUGGUUGUGUCAGGUAUCGAUAAUGAUGCAACCAGCUUUUCUCGAUGUCAAACGUGUCUACAGUUCAACUCCACCAGUCGAUUUGACAGGUGAAUUUGUGAAGGAAAUAAUAGACACUCACAAGGUUACACAUUACUUUGAAGUUCCAAAAUUCUAUAUGACCGUAUUGGAAGCUGCCGAACAAUCUCAAGACCCGUCGAGUUUAAGUUCACUUAAAAUGGCAAUGCUUGGUGGUGAAAGUAUUGGUGAGGCAUAUGCUGCAUACUUAAAAAAGAUUACUCCAAAUUGUGCUGUCGAAAGAUUAUAUGGAAUGACCGAAAUGGCUGGUGCUAUUGCAACAACUGAGUUAACUAGCAGAAAGAAUGUGAAUGGAGGUGUUUUGGCAAGAGGUGUUAUGGUGAAAAUAAUUGACAGGAAUCAAAAUUCUCUUGGCCCAAAUGAAAUGGGACUAAUUUGUUUAAAAAGAUUAGCUCCUUUUUCGGGAUAUUUGAAAAAUAAUAAAGCCAAUGAAGAGACUUUCAUCGAAGGAGGUUGGCUUAGUACUGGAGAUUUGGGUUUGGUCGAUUCGGAUAACCUUUUAAAUGUUUUUACCCGAGAAAAGUAUGUUUUACAUUAUUCGGAUGGCAAGAUACUUAUGCCAAAUAUUAUUGAAAAUAUUGUAAACAAUUUCGAAGGAGUUCAUUCAUCAGCUCUUGUUGGAAAGCCAAGUAAAGAAAAUCCUAAAGAAGAUUGUGGAACUAUUUUUGUAGUUUUUAAAAAUUUAACUCAUUCAAUUUAUAUUGAAAAUAAUUUAAAAGAUUAUUUAAAGAAAAUAUUAUCUCAAGAGCAAUUACAGAUUGUUAAGUAUUUUAAAGUAAUAGAAGAAUUGCCGAGGACAACUUGCUUUAAAGUUGAUAGGAUUGCGUUGAAAAAAAUGUUGGAUGGAGGUUAUAGAAUUUAAAUUACA